AUGUUCACUGUGGCAUCACCCGGUGCGGACACCGUCCCCUCUUCAUACCUCCCCGCACUCGCUAGUAAUGGGACUAUUCCUACCGAGAAUGGGGUCUCCAAUGGAAAAGCAAGUGUCAAGACUGUGGAAGUGAUGUCCGAGGGUGACAGUGCCGAUCUUGGGGUUGUCGCCGCAAACGGCGAUACUAAGCACCAGGAACAAGGGCUUGACAACCCCAUUGUUCCUGAAGCUCCAAAGGCUGUAUCAGAGAAUGAGAAGAUGACGAUGGAGGUCUUGAAGAUCAUCGAAAGCUAUGGGGUUGAUUUUGAGAAAUCGGGUGUUUCCUGGAAGGGCUUUGAGUCGUUUGUUCCAGUUGUUCUGGAACAGAUCAGCAAAGAGGAGCCGAUUCGGAUGAUCUUGCCUGCUUUCCCUUUCAAGUCGCCGAAUGCACGCGAUAAAGUCUUGGGUACGAUGCCAGAUUUUGGUGAGGAGUUGGCGUUGGCCCAUUUGAAUGGACUUUGUCAGAACAUUGCCGAGGAUAUCCUUGGUGUCCCCGAUGAAACCGUCUGGGACUACGGAGAGACAUUGCGCCAAACGGCCAUCGAGAAAGAGCUCCACCAUGUCAAAUUCAUCCGUCUUUUCGAGCUGCUCGAACACCCUUGGUUCCCAUCUUCCACCCCCGAGUCAGCCAAAGCAUUCUACCUAGCUCAUGCAAGCUGUCUUCGCCGAGAACUGAUGUUCGCCUUUGGAGACCCGAAGUUCGACGCAACCCACGCCAUUAAAACCGACAACGACACCUGCCUGACAUACCGCGGCUACAUCAAAUUCCUGACCAAAGAUCUCGCCCACCAAGACGAGACCAAGUCAAUGUCCAAGCGCGGCCGCCAGGCCCAGAUCGCCGAGACAGCCCGCCAAAUGAUCAUCCGGGGCAAAAUGUUCGCCGCAGCAAUCCGAGCCAACCGCAAAGACUACGUGCGACUUUCCAUCCACGAGUCGGCCGGCGAGAGAAAGCUGUCCGUCUCGCUGAUCCCGCAACUUCGAGGCACACUCGGAUACACUCCCUGGCAUUCCUCCGUAGCAGUCGGAUUGGACGGAUCAUAUCGCACCGUCCACGCGGAAGACGUGCGCGACACGCACGACCUGAUCUACAAAAACGGUCAACCAUAUUACUUUCGCGAGCGAUCACCUCUCUUCGACUGGACCGAAGAUGGCCUCUCCGUCAAGUUUGAACAUCUCUACCCCUGCGGCCUCAUCAUCCGCCCCGCCGACAUCGACAACGUCAACCCGCCGCCAUCAAUCCGCUCCAUCCCCAUGCAAAAGGUCCGCCAGCUAUCCAACGGCCUAUCCCCAAUUAUCCUACGCGGGUUCGCCGAGUCACUCGAGGAAGAACUUUACGUCAAGAAAGCCGAGGAACUCGGCAAGAUCCUGCCCUGGAGCUUCGGAGUCAUCCAAAAGGUGCGAGACCAGGGCCGCUCCGAUAAAAUGGGCAACAACGUAACUUCCAACGAGGCGAUGCCGAUGCAUUUCGACGGAAUGUUCAAGUUCGACGAAAUCACCGACCCAGAAACAGGCGAGAAGAAAAAGGUUCAACACCCACCAGGCUACCAAUUCUUCACCUGUCCCGCCACCGCGCCCAAGGGGAAUGGAUAUACCCUGUUCGCCAGUUCGCGGCUGUUCUUCCGGUAUUUGCCUCUGCCUUGGACUGUCGAGCGUCUGGAUAAGAUUACCUGGGCGAUGGACAAUGAUGGAUUCUGGGAUGCGAAGCUGAAGAAUCUGCCGCUGACAGUUAAGCAUCCUGUUUCUGGAUUGUCGUGUCUGCGUUGGCAUCAGCCGUGGGAUUCGAGUAAGACUAAGUUCUCGACUUGCGAUGUCAGCAUUGAGAAUGAUGAGAGUGCUCUCGUUGAGGUUAUUGAUCGGGUUGUUUAUGAUUAUAGGGUUUGUUUGCGGUUUGGUUGGGAGAAGGGUGAUAUGCUCAUCAGUGAUAAUACUGCUAUGUUGCAUACUCGCACUGGGUAUAUCAGUAACUGUGAUCGGGAGUUGUGGAGGAUUCAUUGUGACUGA